AUGACUGCGUGCGCCAUCCUGGGCUAUCAGUUGUGGCUUCUGGCCAAUCAGCCGCAACAGCAAAUUACAACGUUCAGCCGGGUCAGGCGCAGCGACCAUGACUACGACCGCAACUACUGUGAAGAGUACCAGGACGAGGACCACUACUACGACGACGACCGCUACUACGAUGAGGAACAUUGCCAAGCCGACGACGCCGACACCGACGAUUACGACGACUGCUACCACGACGACAACUACUACGACGACUACUACGACGACCACUACCACGACAACUACUACUACGACAACUACCACCACGACCACGACGACUACUACGACGACUACUACGACGACCACUACCACCACAACUACUACUACGACAACUACCACCACCACCACGACGACUACUACGACGACUACUACGACGACCACUACCACCACAACUACUACUACGACAACUACCACCACCACCACGACGACUACUACGACGACCACUACCACGACAACUACUACUACGACAACUACAACCACCACCACGACGACUACUACGACGACCACUACCACGACAACUACUACUACGACAACUACGACCACCACCACGACGACUACUACAACAACGACAACCACUACCACGACGACGACCCCGUCUCCUAA